UAUAUGUGACAAAAAGCUUACAUAGAUUUGGUGUAUGUAACUUAUCUUAAAGGACAGGAAUAUCUUUUUUUCUGUUUUAUAUCCAAUAUGUCUCACCGUACCUUUUUAGAUUAAGGACCUUGAGAAGUUAAAACACAGCAAGAGCAGUGAUGGAAACCAACCUCUUUUAUUUUGUAUAUGUUUUCAUAACAGUACAGGGGAUCGAAAGUAAAUGCUUGCCAACGGAGCUGUCUAUCGUGACCAAGCAGCGGUACCAAACACAAACAACCUGCAAUACAAGCUGCCCUGUCAACCAGUACAUAUUUCAACAAGCCUGCCUUCAAGACUGUCCGCCAUUUACUUCUAAGAAUGAUAAUGGAUUUAUAAAGUACUGUAAAUAUCCCGCCAUAAAUGAAUUGGAAUGCCCAAGUGAAUUUUGUAAUCCGAAAUAUCCGUUUUGUUUUAAAGAAAAUUGUUUAAGUUCAUGUCCGGAAUACACUGUUAGCCAUAAUGGGUCUUGUCUAAUGGAUUGUCCGAAAGAAUCGCCAUAUCUAACGGCAACUUGCGAUGGAGUGUGCUACACUGGGGCUAAGUUUUGCUCUAAGACUUGUCCAAGUUCUCAUCCAUAUAUUUUCAGUUCCCUGAAACUUCGGCACUGUCUAGUGGAAUGCCCAGACUAUACUGUGCUAGAUAAAAGGUUUUGCAGAUUAUCUUGUCCAGUUGAUCAUCCUUUUCUUUUUGGUAAAACUUGCUUAGAGAAAUGCCCAGAUACACAUCCAAUGAUAGUUUUCCAAACAUCGCCUUUCAAUCAGAUCUUCACAUGCAGGACGGAAUGUCCCAUAGACAAUGCUUCGUUUAGAAACGUUUGUGUUUCUAUCUGUCCAAAAGGCACGUUCCUUGACAAUGGUGUACAAUGUGUGGAUAAAUGUGGAGAUAUAAGACCUUUUAUGACCACUAUACCAUCUAAGAGAAAAUCAGUCUAUUUUCAGCAGUGUGUCUCAAGAUGUCCGCUUGGAAAAUAUUCAAUAAACAGAAACGCCACUUUUGAAUGUGUUAGUAAAUGUCCUUCCAAUUUUUCCCUUUAUAAUAAUUCAUGCGUACCAAAAUGUCCGUUGACUCACCCCAUGAAAAAGAAAACGAACAUAAACAGACUAAAGACAACCAUUUGUGUUAAAAGUUGUCCAAAGGAUAUGUUUACUCAUGAGAAGGAAUGCAUUUUCCAAUGUCCGACACCUCUAGUUCAUUACAAGUCAAAAUGUUUACCCGAAUGUCAAAAGCCUCUUCCUAUUAUAUUAAAGGUCAACCGAACAUGUUUUGCAGCAUGUCCUGUUGAAUUCGUAAAAUAUAAUAACACUUGCAUUGACAAAUGCCCGGAACAUGUACAAUUCAUCGAAAACGGGACAUGUGUUGAUCACUGUGCCAGUAAGAACUCUCUUUCUAUUGUUUCAAAUAUUGGUAAAACAUGCAUUAACUCUGCAUUCUGCACAAAUGAAACUAUGUUAAUAAAAGGAACCACAACAUGCACCCUUGUUUGUCCUAGAAAAACCCAUGCCAUCAUAAAGGACGUAUGCACUAAUAAUAUAGGCGAAUGCCACGAGAACUAUGUCUUACAAGACACUAACAGAGGUUUACACUGCCAGGAAAAAUGUUCUGAUGCUUUUUAUAAAAAUGGAAAGAUGUGUGUAACUCAGUGUCCUGUUAAUAAAUUCAUCAUGGACAGAAACUGUAGUGACGCGUGUUUUGGAACAAGACCACUACAAUAUAAAGAGAACAGAAAAAAGGGUAAAACUAAAUGCGUUUCUGAGUGCCCGGAUGGAUAUCUAAUGCACGAAAAGGAAUGUUUGACUGCAGACUGGUGCAUGAGAAAUGAUUUAAUGUAUACCUUUAAAAACACUUGCUACUCACAGUGCCCAGAAGGAACAUCGCAGCAAAAUGACUUUACGUGUAUUGCUUAUAAUACUUCGAAUGUAUGGAAUGGUGUUUCAACUACUUUAUUUAUUGCUGGACUAUUUUUCAUCAUGUUUUUCAUGCUAUGUUGCUUUAAAGGAUGUAUAUGUACAUGUCUCCGAAGUUGGUGGUUAAAUCGAAAACUUGAAAGAUAUCAGGAUAGGGGCCCUGAAUAUGCAUAUUUAAAUGAUGAAACUGGAAGCAACGAAGGCAGAUAUGAAAACUCUGUCGACGAAAAUAUAACGAUGGAAGAUUCUAAUACAAUCGGUGAUCAGUUUUAGUAAAAAAAAAACAUAUGUUAACUGAUACCCGAAUGUCUAGUUCUUUUUAGUUUGUGACAAACGAAAUUAUCAAAGCACAGUUUAUGGUAACUUUUUUAAAAGAUGGGACAAAACUACACCGCGAUUUUGACAAGCAAGAUUGCCUCGUGCUCAAACAUAAAAAAUUAUCAACGUGAUCAAGAGAAUCCGAACAAACAUGUUGGACGUCAUCAGUAAAAUUCAGUACAGUUGUUUUGUGAAGGUAUCAACUUAGUAUUAAGUUAUACGGGUGUAUGUGAAGUAAACAGAUUCUUGAUACCUGUAUUUAGGGUGUUGUGUUGCUCAAUUUUCGUUUUGACCCUGUCGUAAACUGCCUUGCUAUCGAACAAAUUGUAGAUUCUGCAUAGACGAUCUUGCCAUGGAUUGUCUUUGAAAACAUUAAUUAUGUCUUUAAUAAACCUUUUCUAUCCAAACAUGGAAAUAUGUAAAACGUUCAUUAAAAAGAGGAUGUGAAUAUUAAGGUGGAAUGCAACACCAACAUGUUAUUUUGUGGAUCGUUAAAGAAUCUUUUCUGAAACUUUGUUUCGUUUUCUUUUUUAAAAAUGUAUGCUUUUAGCUCCUAAUUAAUUUACAAGGUUUCUUUUCUUGCAUUUUUUGUAUUUUCGUAUCUUUUAUGAGUAAGUGGAAACUUUGUUUUAAUUGCAAGUAACACACUGUAAUGUUUCAAAUUGGUGUGAAUAAAUGCAUUGUAUUAAUGUCUAAUAAAUCAU